AUGGCACACAAACCCCUCUUCCCCCUCACCUCAUUCCAUCCCGCCCCAGGAAUCACACACCUGUGCACAGCCGGCGAAAGCCUACCCCUCCAAGCCCACAGUGCCGCCUUCACCAAGUACAUGAGCCACAAGGCCGCCGGCCACACUGGUCGCAUCGAACAGGCUCAAUAUAUAGAAGACACCCGGGCUUUAAUUGCCGAGGCAUGGAAAGUCAGCCCCAAAGAGGUGGGAUUCGCACCUAGUGUCGCAGACGGGAUAUCAAUGCUCGUUGAGUCCUUGGACUGGACUGAGGGGGACAAUGUCUGUUUCCACGCCGACGAAUUCCCAAGUAUUGUUGCGCCAUUCGUGCUUCGGCGGCAGCAGCAACAGAGCCGACUCAAGGAAAAGACAGGCGGCGAUGCAAAGAUAACCUCUCCCGAGGUGCGCUACUACAACAGCGAAACUGGUUUACAAGAUGUGGUCAACUCCAAAACACGUCUUAUCGCCGUCAGCUAUGUAUCGUAUCUGGACGGCUCGCGCAUCGAUCUACCGCACUACCGAGCCCUAGCCGACUCCGUCGGAGCGAUUCUCGUCGUCGACUAUACCCAAGCGGCAGGGUACGCGCCCAUCAACGCCUCCAUUGCCGACUUUGCGUUUUCGGCGUGCUACAAGUGGCUUCUCGGCACGACGGGGGCUGCAAUCGCCUUCUGGAACCUGGCGAGGAGGCCGGAGUGGAGGCCUGUUACUGGCGGGUGGCACUCGUUGAAUCUUGGGUCUGCGCGCCCGUCUUGGGAGACGAGUCAGCUUGAGGCUCGUGGGGAUGCAUUGUGUUUUAGCCGUGGGAAUCCGGCCCAUUCGUCUAUUUAUGUACUGCGGGGGUGUUUGGAGUUUCUGGGACAGUGGGAUGCGGGUGUGAUUCAGGACCAUGUGCAGGGAUUGACGAAGGCGUUGCUGGGGAGGUUGCAGGCAGAAGGGAUUUUGUCUGCGACGCCGGCUGAUAGGGCGAGGCAUGGUGCGAGUGUUGUUGUUUAUUGUGAGGGUGCGUCGGAGAUUGUGGAUGAGAUGGCGAGGAAGGGGGUGUAUGCGUCGAAUGGCCAGGGGAGGGUGCGGAUUAGUUUCCAUGGGUAUAACUGUCUGGCCGAUGUCGACCGGGUUAUGGAAGUCUUCCCUGUGCUUUGGAGAAGGUACAAUGGGAGAGAAUGGAAGCUCUAG